CUCAAGACCGCCUCUUCGCUUCGUCUGGCUGAUGAGCCGGUCUGGCGACUAGCAGGCAACGCUGCGCCGCGCAUUCCUCACCUCUCCCCACAAACUUCAUGCCAGUUGCAACUCGACCUCCGCCGGCGUCGGACCGCUGUCCGUCCGCACCAAAAACUAUCGUACAUUUUAACAGUUCUGAUCAAAACCAGUGAAAAAUUACAAAUUCGAAUUAUGAGUUUCAAUUCAAUAACGGCCAGUGAUAUGAAGUGUUUCUGUGAAAGGUGACUGUGACUGGAUCGGAUCACGUACGAUGACCAAAAGUUAAAGUUGGGGAGCGGAGAAAAAGUUGUAGCCCGAUGCAGUCGGAUGCUACAAAAAAUAUGUGCUGGAAAUGUUAUUAGUGAUGGGAUCGUGUGACCACGUCCACGUAGCUAGGGAUGUGAACUGUGAUAUUGUUAAAAAAGUGCGACAAUCACGUAGAUGAUUGUCAUUAUUAUUUGUGAUAUUGUUAGUUUAUUAUUUACCAAAGAUUCCUGAUGAUCUUGUACAUUAGUUUGUGUUUUAUAUUGGUAGUUUUAGCGGAUCCUCUGCCCGGCAAGCAUGUCCCGCUCGAGAGCUACGAGGCGGAGCUGGAGCGCGAGCACGCGCUGCCCACGUCCGUGCCCAACGCCGACAUCCUCAAGACUAACAGCAACCCCACUUAUCAUAAGCCACGGCCACCUCAGCACCACGGCGCGGCGCUGCUGGCCGGGGUCGGCGGGGGCGCGGUGCCGUCGUACGCGCCCCCCGGCCGCGCCUUCUUCACGCCCCCUCUGCCGCCCGAGUACCGGAACCCGUUCGCUGAUAAGCCAACGCUUAGAGGUACGAACACGGACGGCACGUCGUACCUCAACCGACGCCCCAUCCCGCCGCCGUCCCUGGGCCCCGGCCACGAGCGGAUCCCCAUCCGGCCUCCGGGACAGGAGACCUCAUCCCCACAAGUGCCGGCGCCGCCGCCCGCGCCCCCGCUGCCUCCAGUGGGGCUCGAGCCACAGAAGAAGAAGGCACUCAAUACCCCUAGCCAUAAGCCCGAUGCCGAUCUAGACAGCGACAUCACACCACACGGCACCGACCAAGCCAACUUCACUGACUUCGUGCCCAACUCGCUCAACAUCCCGACCAUAUCCAGGAUCCUAUCCGGGUCUAACGGACGAAAAGAGGAUAUCCCGGAUGUCCUUCUAAGGACCGUGACGGCCAAGCCUCAACAAACGCAGGAGAAGACUUCAAAAAACGACAUCUACGUCACAAAAGACGCUGGCGUCACGCUCAGCGAUGCCAGAGAUACCUCCACUGAAGGUGCUUUGGCUGUCAUAGAUCCAGAAAUGAACAAUCUGGAUCGACCGCUCAUAAUAGAUCAAAAUGGAGAAACGAAUACUAAGAGGAAUCUUCAGUAUGCUACCAACAAAGUCAAUGAUAGCAGGAAGGAUGAGUACAUUCCAGCUACAACGAUAGGGUUCGAGUUGAGAGAUCCAGAAAUGUCAACGGAGCGAUAUCACAAUCUUGCCGUAAACUCUGACAAGAAAAUGUCGAAGGAAAAAGGUGGAAGCGGGGUGUCCAGGACUGGAGUUACUUGGCCGUUUGCGUGGAACGUCCAUAUUUAUUUAGCCACUAUCAUGUUCACAAUUCUAGCGGUCUUCUCCAUUUUCAAGAUCAUCUGCUACAACAAAUUCACACACCUAUUCACGCAGUACUACUUCAUCAUCCUGCAUUUGAUCCUAGUGUUUGUCUGUCUCAUGAGAAUAUUUUACAUGUGCUACGAUCCGUAUAACAUCAACAAUUCGUUGCCGAUCUUCAUUAGUGAAAUCCUACUCCAUGUCCCGGAGAUUUUGCUUAGCGUUGCCUUCGCUAGCACCAUCCUGUUCCUUCUCACCACUAGCAUUAACUUCAAGAACACUUGUUGUUCUUUCCUCUUUAGGUCCAGGACUGUCAUCAUCGGAGGCUGCGUCCACCUCCUCUCGUGUUUAAUGUUGCAUAUCUUUGAAAAUAAUAGUACUAUUUAUAGAACUCCGCACGGAGUCGAGAAAAGGGUAUUAGGACUUACGUGUCAAAUUAUAUUUAUUAUGGCGUGCCUCACUUUGGGGUUGUGCUACCUAUAUGUAUAUAAAAUGCUCAAAAGUAUAUUACAGAAGAAGAGUCACACUUACAUUCACGGGUUCCAGAACCUGUACCAAGCCAUCCACAUCAACCUGGCCACAGCCUUGCUUUUUGUUCUCAUGGCGAUGUUGCAAAUCUACGGCAUCUUCGGUAUCAACCAGGUCAACAUGACCAAAUUCAACUGGCUGCAAUGGGGAUACCAGUUCUCCUUGCGCUUGCUAGAAAUCAGCAUAGUAGCUCUUAUCUCGUGGGUGAUCAGUCUGAAAGUCGGUAUCGUCGCUUCGUUGCAACACGAAAAGACUGAUGGCCACAAGAUCUCUGGUUUAGGGCUCUUCUCCUGCAAUGCGGGAUCCAGCAACGAACAGUUCGAGUCAGACUACCCCGCCAUCUGCAACACCAACACCAACCUUCACACAUACACACUGAGAACCGGCAAACCGAUAUACGAGACCGCUGGACACCACCAGACUAUCCCUGAGCAGUUCUGUGGCCCGAUGCCCGACCACCAGAGGUAUCCCCUCAACACGCUAGCUGGAGUCUGUGAUAAUAACUCCGGGACCGAAAACUACUCCGGACACAGCUCCAUCGCCAACGCUGGCCACAGCAGCUCCACAGAAUCCAGCAACGCAACGUCCAGCCAAGGUGUCACCAACCAUUUGAUCAAACACCAUCCCAACUUAGCCGGCUACAACGGGGUGGAAUCCGCCUCAGACGACCAUUACUCCAACUGCGACCCAGCCAUCCAAUCCUUGCAGGGAGACGACCCUCUCGAUCACGAGUACAACGUGAUCCAAUACGGCAGCAACACCGACUUCAUCCGGGACAUAAAGAACCAGAACUACAACGCCGGGUCCAAUCGCAGCUCUCACAACUUCAAACACAUGUCAUACGACCGAGUGUCGUCUCGAACCAACAGCAACCCUCGCAAGAAGCACCGGAUCAAGAACAAAAACGUGCAAAACUGCAUGACGAUGGGCUACGACGCACACCACUACCACCAACCCCAUUUACCCGACGAAUACGGGAACUUCAACACUGAAAACGCGUCGUACCACACGUCUGGCAUCCAAACUCUGAACCCUAAUAGAAGUUACUGUGAGUCGCAGCCGUGCCAGCAGAUACGGAACUCGCAACGGAGAAACCAGUCGCCUUCCACGUCCAUGGCUAAUUCCAGUGGAAGCCAGAAGCGUGGGAAGACAAACGGGUUCCCAGAUCGGCCGAAAUCGACGGAUUUGUAUGGCUUCGCGCCAGAGGCUAGUGAGCGGGGCUACCCUCAGCCCGCGCCGCGCAACUGUGGCUAUGAGGCGUCGUACUCGCAGCCGCAGGACGAGAUGACAGAACAAGAUGGCGGCAGUAUGCUUGUCGCUCAGGACGGCUUUGUGCGGUUUCGACCCAUCGAAGACGCCUCGCAAACCUGAUUCACCAUCACUCUGCCCUCGCAGGCAGAUAACCUUAGCUUCUGAUCCCGUCGGCCGAACAGUGAUUCUUAUUCGUAAAGGAUUACGCGAAGUUGAAUGUGAUUUCGGCAUUCGUGGAUUUUAACAGUGAGUGUAAACACGUAUUAGACUGGGACUAGUGUUUUUACUGUGUGGGACGUCACGAAUGCUUUUGCUCGUUAAAAGUGACAUCGGCUGACGAAAGUGUUUGUCUGAAAUCAUGUAUUGUAAAGAUAUUGUAAAUGUUUAGUUAGGAGGUAAUUAACGAUUUUAAAUUAAAGUUAAGUGACAAAAACGGCCUCUUGUACAUAGUUUUUGUAACGUUUAAUUUGUUUCAGGCCUGAUGUAAAAAUAUAACGCACGCCUCACAAGGCUGGUUUUAGAUAUUCACGAUUUUUUAAAAGCUUAAUUUGGAAGUUUUUAUCAAGCGUUGAUGUCGAUGUGUAAAAUUAAAGUAACAAAAAUAAAUAAUGUAACAUUUAUCAAUUAAAAUUUUCUGCGUUCUAAUUUUGUGGCGAUAUUUUGAUUUAAAAAAAAUACAAAUUAACUGUGACGAAGGAAUUGUCCCAUACAGCCAACCGUAGUUUAACGAAAUAACUAAUAGCUACACAUUAAAUAUUGCUGUUUGGAAAUUUAAAUGUAGCCAGUAAGUAAAACGACCAUUUACGUCUUGGCAAAACUAUUGGUACAUCUGCAAAAAACUACCUACAGUGUUUGUAAAAAACACUAUCAACCGUCUAAAUCACUAUAAAUUAUUAUAUCUUUUACGGCCUUAGAUGUAACAAUUAAUUUGUCAAGAUGUGACUGUAUGUGAUAUCGGUUUAAAAGUUUGUUUCAAACAAAUCUGUCCAUAGUUAAAUAAUAUUGUAUUAUCUAUAAUAAUAUGUAAUAACUAUUCAAGGAUUGCACAGUUGCACUGAAAUCAUAAAUAUUUGUAAAAAAUAUAUGGUUUUAGUGCGAUUGUGGAUGCUAAGUACCUAUAUUUAUAUCAGAUGAACAUUUGUCUGAUUUUUUGUUAUUAGUCUUAUAUUUCCUGUCCAAGAUUCAAUCUACCUACAUAACCGUGUCCUAAUAAUGAUAGUUUAUUUAUAAUCGAAUUUAUUUUGCAUUCUAAUACAAUUCAUCAAUUUAUUAUCACAUAACAUACUUAUUAUUAAUUGUCCAAUUUCUUUGUGUUGUCUUCUACAAAACUCAAAGAGCUAUAUAUUUUAUGUCCCAUAAAAGUACCUUCAAAUUAAUAUAGUGGUGUUGUCAUUCAUAAAAUAGAUUUUAAAUAUCCUAUUAAGUGUUACCACUUUAGAAUUUUGUACUAGAUUACCUACACUGACACACAACCGAUUUAGAAAAGUAACAAAAUACUCAAUAAAAAAGCAUUUCUGCCUAGUCAGCACAAAUAAUACCACAUGCUGCCAUGUUUAUAGUAAAUAAUAUACCUAUCUUAAUGUGUUAUGGCCAUUUUGUAAAAUAUCUACAUAAAAUACAUGAUAAAUACCCUAUCUCAUUGUUAGAAAACCAAACAUAUUAAAUGAAAAGAUACAAUCACAAAAUGUAUUUAUAAAAAUGCCUAUGAAUGUUGGCACUAAAUAAAAAUAGGUAGUUAAUAAAAUGUAAAAAUAGAAAAAAAAACCUGUCUAAAUAUAAAGGAAGCAAGUACCAGCAAAUUUUGACAUUGUGGUUUUACAAAAAUGUUACUUAACUGCUCACAAAAUAUAAUUCCUAUGUAUAUAGAUCGUUAUUAAUAUGCGUAGGUAUAUAUGAAAGUACGGUAAUAAUACCGUACCGUAUUGCCACUUUUUAAUUUUAUUUUUAAAUAAUUAUAAGCCUAUGUACAUAAAACUGCGGGAUACUAAAUCGUACCCAAUUUAAGAAAAAAAAAGAAUGCUGCGUGCAUUCCAUUUGUUGUAAAUGUUUAAUAUUUUUCAUUUUAAUAUUUCCAAGACUGUACUUUAUCAUUUAACAAAAUGACAACUGAUAUAUUACUAUGUAUAAAUAAAUAAAGAAACCGUAUUGAA